AUCAAUCUUAGGAGCAGUUUAGAACCGUGAUGAACCGUGAUGGUUGGCCACAAGUUGUCCCAAAGCGAAUACUUCCCCGCAUCCCAAACGGACCCAAAUCCACCAGUGGUGCGUUCAAGUCAUCUGGGACUGAAGACAGCAAUGGUACCGUUUCCCGUUCUUUACAACUUGAAAAUGUCAAUGCAUGAUGAAGCCGCUUAACGGAAGCACUUAUCCGACCCUUCAGGAAGACAACAAUUCCUAGUCGCAAUUACCAGUUUACAUGUGGCAACGUAAACAGCGCUUACAAGCCGGAAGUAUCAUCACCGUGAGUUCCUCGAACGCAGCAUUAAAGCCUCACGUCGCGGACUGGACGCGCACGAAUACCAGCUGAAGUCGGGUCGAGUACUUCGGUAACUCAUCUACUGCUGUAUGUUUGGUCAGAAGUAAACACGAGACACUCGGUAGCUUAUUAGUUAAAGUUCCGUCCAAGACGAGUUUUUCCGUGUUGUGGUCCCGGUCCCGUGAUCAGACCAGUGAGUCCAGGCUCCUGCUAGGCACUUCGGACCCUGGCCUCCCAGCGGGACCAGGGCAUGGUGUGAGGACUGAUGAUGGGGCUCCUCCGGACCAUGAUGCCGCAUAAGGUCCAGCUCCUGGCCGUCCUGGCGUUCGGACUGGCGCUGCUCUUCAUGGAGAACCAGAUCCAGAGAAUAGAGGAGUCCAGAGAGGUCCUGGAGCGAACCAUGGCCCGGCACGAGGGGGCGGAGUCGGAGCCGCGGAAGGGCGGGGCCGGGGGUCAGGUGACCCCGUCUCUGAGCGAGGCGGACGACGUGGUGGUCAUCUACAACCGCGUGCCCAAGACAGGAAGCACCUCCUUCACCAACAUCGCCUACGACCUCUGUGGGAGGAACGGCUUCCACGUGCUGCACAUCAACACCUCCAAGAACAACCCCGUGCUGUCCCUGCAGGACCAGGUGCGUUUCGUACACAACGUCACCUCGUGGAGCGAGAUGAAACCGGCCUUCUACCACGGCCACGUCGUCUACCUGGACUUCUCCAAGUACGGCGCGGAGGGUAAGCCCACGUACGUCAACGUGGUGCGUGACCCCGUGGAGCGGCUGGUCUCCUACUACUACUUCCUGCGCUUCGGAGACGACUACCGGCCCGGACUGCGGCGCCGGAAGCAGGGCGACAAAAAGACGUUUGAUGAGUGCGUGGCCAGCGGGGGGCCGGACUGCGCUGCGGAGAAGCUCUGGCUCCAGAUUCCCUUCUUCUGCGGACAUCAUUCAGAGUGCUGGACAGUGGGUAGCCGCUGGGCCCUGGAGACGGCCAAGGCCAACCUGGUGAGGCAGUACCUGCUGGUGGGGCUGACGGAGGAGCUGGAGGACUUUGUGAUGAUCCUGGAGGCCGUGCUGCCGCGCUUCUUCAGGGGAGCCACACAGCUCUACAGGACGGGUAAGAAGUCCCACCUGCGUAAGACCAGCGAGAAGAAGCCCCUGGCCCCGGAGACGCUCUCCCGCCUGCGGCAGUCGGAGGUCUGGAAGAUGGAGAACGAGUUCUACCUGUUCGCUCAGGACCACUUCCACUUCGUCCGCGACCACGCCGUGCGGGAAAAGGACGGCGUGGUCUCCGUCCUGCCCCAGAGCUUCUUCUACGAGAAGAUCUACCCCAAGGUCAGCUAGCCCAGCCGGGCAGGGCUGGGGCCGGGGCCCGGGGCCGGGCUUGGGCACGGACCCUGUCAGGUUAAUGCUAACCGUUCGUGCCCAAGCCCGGCCCGGCCCCUAGGACACGGCUCUGGUCCAGUGAAUGAUCCCACCGGGGAGAGACAUGGCUCUGGUCUGAGCGGUGAGCGCCAAACAGUGGCCUUCACAUGGAUCUACGGGUUACAAAGAGGAGGAGCGCCCAGGAGGCUUCAUGCUCUGGUCUGAGGAAGAGGAGAGAACAUCUGCGUGAGGAGCCGGUAGGAGACGAGGUGGGAGGUAAAGGGUUAGAGGGCUGGGGGUCCCACUCGACUGGGGUCGGGAAUUUGAGCUUUGGCGUCAUUGGUCAGAGAUCGGUCUCCAUGUUGCAGAAGGAGUUGUUCUCCUCACAAGCUGCUCUUGUGUUAGAAAGCAGCCGAGCUGAACCCAUCGUUGAAGCUCACUGAGAGCUCGGUGUUCAGCUGAACUCUUGAAGCUGGCUCACUGAGAGCUCGGUGUUCAGCUGAACUCUUGAAGCUGGCUCGCUGAGAGCUCGGUGUUCAGCUGAACUCUUGAAGCUGGCUCGCUGAGCGCUCGGUGUUCAGCUGAACUCUUGAAGCUGGCUCGCUGAGCGCUCGGUGUUCAGCUGAACUCUUGAAGCUGGCUCGCUGAGCGCUCGGUGUUCAGCUGAACUCUUGAAGCUGACUCGCUGAGAGCUCGGUGUUCAGCUGAACUCUUGAAGCUGGCUCGCUGAGAGCUCGGUGUUCAGCUGAACUCUUGAAGCUGGCUCGCUGAGCGCUCGGUGUUCAGCUGAACUCUUGAAGCUGGCUCGCUGAGAGCUCGGUGUUCAGCUGAACUCUUGAAGCUGGCUCGCUGAGAGCUCGGUGUUCAGCUGAACUCUUGAAGCUGGCUCGCUGAGAGCUCGGUGUUCAGCUGAACUCUUGAAGCUGGCUCGCUGAGCGCUCAGAGUUCUGGUUCGGUUAUUUUCUGGCCGCUCCCCCUCCAAACAGGUUCAGGGUUUUCUUAAUGCUGGAGCUGCCAUCUUGUUUUUCUAUGCCGUCUUUACACUUUGAGCUUAACCCCUAAUGUUCACGCGCCAAUAAUUAGAAUGAUGGGGGAAGUAUCAAGGGAUUGUUCGUGAGCAGCGUUAGCAUGCAGUGUUGAAUAUAUAUAUAUAUAUAUUCCUGGGACCAAUUUAGAGCGAUGAAGUGACGUUUUGACCCCUUCAUCCCCCGCUCUGUGGGCAGUAGAUAACCACCUCACCGUUCCUGUCACAGUGUUGGUUCAGUUUGGUUUUAUGUUUGUGUUUCCGCGUCGAUUGAGACAUAUCAUUGACACGAGUUGCUGGAGAUUUUUAACCUUUGACCUUUGAAAUGUGCACUUGACUGUUCAUUUGCUGCACUAUUCUGUAACACAGCUAAUAAACUAAUGUUGCAUUUGUGAAUGCAGCUCUUUGACGAAUGAA